AUGGCAAAGGAAACACCAUCGGCAAUUCAGACGGACUUGGUCAUCGUGGGCGGCGGACCGACAGGGUUGCUAUCGGCUGUCCUCGCUCGGACCCUUGGCCUAUCUGUGUAUAUUCUCGGUACGAUCAUGCGAGCUGACGCCAAAGAAGCCUCACUUGACCUGGGUCGAGCCGAUGCCUUGAAUGCCCGCACCCAGCAAUAUCUCGAAGUAUCGAGAACGUUACCCUUACUCGAGCCGUUUGGGUUGACGUGUAACACGAGUUCCACCUUCGAAGCCGGUCGGUUCACCUCCCAGCAAAGCCACUGGUGGACCUCCCUAAAGCACACCCACCGCCCUAAUUUCCUGAUGAUCGGACAAUCUCGCGUCGAAGAAGCUCUUCUCCAUCAGCUGGACAUCCCGGUGGCAUACCACACCCGCGCGACCUCGAUUGCUGAGUUCGAUGCAGGCGUGGUGGUCACCACUGAUCAGGGCAGAACGAUUGUAUCCAAGUACGCCAUCGCCGCCGACGGGGCGCGCUCGUUUGUGCGCCGCGCCCUAAACAUCCCGUUCACCGGCACCAAGCCGGAGAUGGUCUGGGCGGUGCUGGACACCUUCAUUGAGACGGACUUUCCCGUCUGUCCGGAGAUCAUUACAUUCCAGAAGGAUGGGCAGUCGCGGGUGUCGUGGAUUCCGAGAGAGCGAGGGAUGAGCCGAUUUUAUAUUCUACUCGAUGGGGAGAUCACGCAGGAGAAAGCUGAGGCUUCGAUCCGGGAGCAUAUGGCGCCCCACAAGAUCGAGUUCAAGCGCACGGAGUGGUUCAGCACCUUCGAAAUCAAGGAACGCGUUGCCAGCACCUUCAUCUCUAAGGAUGGACACGGUCGCAUCCUGCUCGCCGGCGAUGCUGCGCACGUCCACGCCGUCAACGGCGGGCAGGGCCUGAACACGGGCAUUGCGGACGCCUUCAACCUGAUCUGGCGCGUUGCAUUUGCUGUCAAGGGCCUUGGGGGCUCGACGUUGCUAGCAAGCUACGACGAGGAGCGACGCGCCACUGCCACCGGGGUCAUCGAUGUCGCUGCCAAGCUGGUACGCAUGACCGUCAAGACGGCCCUGGAGUAUGUCGACAUUAUUGAGAAGAAUGCUGCCUAUAUCACCGGAAUGGGUGUGUCGUAUCUCCCUUCAACUCCCCUCGUCAAGACAUCCUCCCACGCGGACUUUGUCGCUGGCAGUCGUUGUCCCGAUCUCUGGGUUACGGAUCUUCCGCCGACCAGACUCUUCGCGACUGAGGUGGAGAAUCCUGAGGUUGCUAAGUGGGAACCGUCCAUGACUCGGCUCUAUGAGAUCUUUCAAUAUGGCAAGUUCAAGGUCUUCUUCCUCGGGAAGGAUGCUCCAACAACGUGGGAGCAUCAAGCUGUCCGGCUGCAGCAAAAGGCCGAGUUCUGGAAUGUCCAUGCCUCAUCGCAAAGAGUCACGAGUCUUGUGUAUGAAUAUCAGGCGGAGUGGGUGGAUGAUGCUCACGAGGAGGUCGUGGUGGUCCGACCGGACUUGUAUGUGGGAUAUGUGGGCAAGGACUGGGUGCAAUAUUUGGAGGAAGUAUUUGCUUGA